AUGCACAGAACUUACUCUUUAAGAAAUCAAAGAGCUCCAACGGCUGCUGAGCUACAAGCUCCUCCACCACCACCAUCCUCAACGAAGUCCAAGUUCUUCGGAAAGGCCUCUAUUGCGUCUAGUUUUAGAAAAAAUGCGGCUGGUAACUUUGGGCCAGAGUUGGCUCGUAAAUUAUCUCAAUUGGUUAAGACUGAAAAAGGUGUCCUUAGAGCUAUGGAAGUUGUUGCCAGCGAACGCCGUGAAGCUGCAAAGCAACUGUCUCUAUGGGGUGCUGACAAUGAUGAUGAUGUUUCCGACGUAACCGACAAAUUAGGCGUCUUAAUAUAUGAGUUGGGUGAACUACAGGACCAGUUCAUCGAUAAAUAUGAUCAAUACAGAGUCACAUUAAAAUCAAUUAGGAACAUUGAAGCCUCUGUUCAACCUUCGAGAGAUCGUAAGGAAAAGAUCACAGAUGAAAUUGCCCAUUUGAAAUAUAAAGAUCCUCAAUCAACAAAAAUCCCAGUUUUAGAGCAAGAACUAGUUCGUGCCGAAGCUGAAUCUUUGGUUGCGGAGGCUCAAUUAUCGAAUAUCACACGUGAAAAAUUAAAGGCUGCUUAUAGUUAUAUGUUUGAUUCAUUAAGAGAGCUUUCUGAAAAAUUUGCCCUGAUUGCUGGAUACGGAAAGGCCUUAUUGGAGCUGCUAGAUGACUCUCCUGUCACUCCAGGUGAAGCUAGACCAGCGUACGAUGGCUAUGAAGCUUCUCGCCAAAUUAUUAUGGAUGCUGAAUCGGCCUUGGAAUCUUGGACCCUAGACAUGGCUGCAGUCAAACCAACUCUUUCAUUUCAUCAGACCGUUGAUGACGUCUAUGAAGACGAAGAUGGUGAAGAAGAAGAAGAACCUGAAAUCCAAAAUGGAGAUAUCCCCGGUCAAGUAGUCGAAGAAGAGGAAGUUGAAUGGACUACUGAAGUUCCUGUAGAUGAUGAAGCCCAUGAGGCCGAUCAUCAUGUUAGUCAAAACGGUCAUACCUCCGGUUCUGAAAACAUCUGA